AUGUCGUUACUGCAAUGUUGGCAUGAUGAAUGGAUUGGGUCCUUACGUAAUUUGGAUGGUCUUCUCAUCACCACGGUUCGAGACGUUACUGAACCAGAAUCUCGCGAACCCCUUAUGUAUGACGAUGACAAGCUACAGCGGUCCGAAUUAUAUUUUAGCGUUUUGCAACUCCUUCGCAUUUUCUCUGCCGAUAUCAAAGAUAACAUAAGCCAGCUGAAGAAGGCAAAGGAUGGUGCACAGAAAGAAUUUGAUAUCAUUGUUGGGGAUUAUACGAAUAUCAAGGAUUUGGAUUCAACCGUUCCGUUCCUUCAAGAGAAAUGGAAAUCCCUCGAUGAGAAAUUGGAAUCUAUUGAGAAUGACUUGAUUCGCCGCGUAGAUCGGCAAAUAGAAGACGUAAAGAGUCUUCGAGAUGGUCUGUUCAACGCACAAGCGGUCCGAGAAGCUGUAAAGGGCAGACAACUCAACAGGUACCUUUUCGUCUUCACGGUUAUUACGAUUAUCUUUACCCCGCUGAGCUUUGUAGCGACGUUCUACGGGAUGCACCUCUUCGACGGUGCUGACGCCGACGGUGCCGAAAGUGUGAGAAACAACCAAAAACGUUUUUGGGGGGUGUUCUUCGGUGUUGCUAUCGUGACAUAUAUCCUUGGGCUACUCGGCAUUACGAGUUUUGGCUGGAAGAAAUGGUGGGCGACACUACCUCUUAUACGUCGUAUUUUUCGGCGUCUUCGUCAUAGUAGGAUGCUACGUUUUAUUACAAGACUUGUCCGGCAGCGAGGAAGAAAAUCCCCAAAAGACGAGGAAAAGGCUUCUUAG